UAGCCCGUGAGGCUGCAAAGAAUUGUUGCUACCCCGUGAAGCUAGCAGCUGUUACAUUGUCAGCUUCUCACGUACCGCUUCUAACUGAAUAACCCGAGAGCUUCACGCGAGACUGUCGUAGCGAAAAGUCCCACUCAGACUUCGUCUGUUGCAGUUAUUCGGAGGAAGCGCUCUCUGCUGCUUCACGUGUGGACUCCUCGUUUGUGUCUACUCUAGUACAACUCCACGCCUGGAAUGUGAUUUACAAAGAACCGACAGAAACACUGUCACGAUCGCUCCGGGGCCGGUCCGAUAACGUAAACUUGUGAGCUCCGAAUUUGGUAAAACGGUUGUUUAUUGUAUCUUUAAUAGUAGAGUCACUAGUGUGUCUUGGACCGUGAAGUGGGGGAAGCCAGAAGAUCGUGUCCUCUCGUGCUCGGAUAGGACAAGAAAUUCUGAUUAUACAACAUUAAAGGUUGGAGAAGCAGAGAACUAGCAUCCGACUUAAUAGGUGAUGUUACGCGGUGCAGGACCACCUCAGUAAAAUAUGUUAUGAUCUACAUCCACAGUUUCGGCUUAGAAAAAACAUAUGGGAUACAUCUCCCCAUAAAACUGAUUCCGUUUGUUUGUUACACCAAGACAACUUUAAAACAUUUUCGAGAACAGCCUUGCGGGCAAGUCCUCUAAUAAGGUUUUUUCUCUUGCAAGCUCCGCCAGAAAACGAAAGAACUUCAACCUAAGUUGUGGUAAUUAAAGCACACGUCACCCGUAAGAAUAUAAGGAGAUUAAGAAGAAUCUCUCAAGAAAAUAUGGCAGCUGUUCUGCUUUGGCCGUGGACUAUUUUCCUAUUGUUUAUCGCAGGCUUAUGUUACUCCAAAUGUCCUGAUAUAUGUAAGUGUGACGUCUUAAAAACUCGGAAGAUUGUGACUUGUAAUCAUGGGGGAAUGAUGCAAAUCCCCAUAACGGAAAUGGACAGGGACAUACAAGUUUUAAUCGUGACCGCUUCCAGGGACAUUCCUAAUAAUCUGACCAUCGGUCGAAUUUUCCUGAACUUCUUCUCUUUAGAAGAAAUUCAUAUCACGCAUUCUAAUGUUCCAGCUAUUGGAGAUAGUUCUUUCUGGCCUGGCAACAACCUCCGAAUCCUCAACUUGAGUCACAACAACAUCACUCAGUUGCACGAUACUGAUUUCAACGGUUUGAAAAACCUCCAAGUUCUGGACCUCAGCAAUAAUUUGAUUUCUGCGUUUCCUUCUGCCCCUUUCCAUUUUCUCUCCAACUUGAAAACAUUGUCGCUGGCAAGAAACUCGUUAAGAAGACUCGUACCUCGCUUCUUUUACAUGUUGGGGAAUUUGGAACGCCUGGAUCUCAGUGGCAAUCCGCUUCGGAAUGUUGAUCCAGAAAACCUGAAGGACCUGAGGCCAAUAAAGAGUCUUAGUUUAGCCAAAUGUCAAAUUGAACGACUUCAUUCUCUGAUUUAUCAACAACUGCCUAACCUUGUGGAGUUAGACCUCAGAGAUAACUCUUUCAACUAUUUUGCUCCAGAAGAAUUUCGCCACUUGAAGAAAUUGCGAAAGCUUUAUCUUGACGGUAACAAUUUAAAUGUGAUCGUCGAUAUGGCGUUCAGUGGACAAAUCUUUGAUUAUCUUGGUCUUUCCAGGAACAACAUUGUUAGUUUUGAUGUAUGUGCGUUCUGUAACUCUAGUAUCAGAGCGUUGAACGUUUCCGACAAUCAGUUUUCUACCCUCAUGAUUGACACUCUCAAGCCCAUAAUUUUCACCCUACAGACAUUGGACAUUGGAUUUAACAAGAUCACCAUGGAGAACAUAAUGGAGGUUCUGGAGCCACUCCACCGUCUCCGUGGAGUUUCACUUAGUGGAAUGAAGCUUACUACUCUCCCUCCAAGCAUUUUUGUUUCCAAUAGAGACCUGAGAUAUCUUGAUUUGUCUCAGAAUCAUUUUAACUCCUUAAGUUUCAAGGUAUUGAGACCAAUGAGCAAACUGGAAGUAUUAGAUCUCUCAGGAAACCGAUUCCAAGGACUGACACAGGAAGAACUGGAUCAUCUUUCUCUACUUCUUAACCUAAAGAGAAUAGUUCUACACUCGAAUCCAUGGGCCUGUAAUGAAUGCCACAUUCUUCCGCUCUUUCAUUGGAUAGCAGAGACAACUAACAAGGCCAAAGUGUGUAAGAACUACCACGACUGCAUAGUUUGUGACAGCCCAAGAAUCUUGGCGGGGAAGGAACUUCCAGCGCUGCGUAGUCGAGACAUACCACCAUGUGGAGGGCCGUUUAGUCAGUUUCGUAUUCUCACUGCAGGCUCUCGUUUAGGAAUAAUAGUGGCUACUGCCGUCUUCAUAAUUAUCUUGCUCGUAGGUGUCAUCUAUUUGGUUCUUUACAGGAGGCAUAGAGCUGUUUACUAUACUCACGAGGAGGAACGCUGUGACGACUAUGUCGUGUACGAAAGUGCGUUAGAAGCAGAUUUGAUUGGUGGGUACAAUGACGAAAAACAUCUAGGCUUUGUUGCUACCAUAGAUACAGGUGAUAGUGCAACAGAAGAAAAAAACAAGUCCCGUAAUAACAUUACCUGAAAAAUGGAGAACAAACACGGAGGCAAUUAAAAUUAGAAUUCUUUUCAUGAUCUAGAAAGUGCCUUGAGAGAAGAGAAAACAACAAAUAACAAACCUAAAAUACAAAUACACGAGAGUUUGGCACAACCCAUGUUGAAAGCCUUUAAAUACACCUUUAAAGAGGACUGAUCAAUCAAGCUACAAUAAAAUCUCGAAAUAUGGGGAAAAAAUAUUUAUUUCAAAAUACAAAAACAAUUUUGACUAACCUCAACAUCGCUUGAAUUUAAGUUUCUAUUAUUAUAUGCUCACACUAUAUUCAACCGUGCACGUAUGCUAAGCCUAAUAGGUAUAAAAAAUUAAAUGUAACAGUUCUCUCCAAAUUACUGCCUUUGACAGUUUCUCUACGCAAACUUCGUUGUUAACUUUUAUUGCAAAUACACUAAUAAGUGACAAAUUAUCCAUAAAAUACUAUAUAUAUAUAUAUAUAAGGAUACAUGAGUUCGUGAGUCUCUUUGCUAAAGAGUGAGGAGCCUUUGUUAAAUUUCUUUGCUUUUAUUCAACACCAAACAAGCUAUUAGAAACGUUUACAUUUCUUCUUAUUUUCAAUUCGUCAUAGUUGUGCGUGUAUUACAUUGUUCACACCACAGAACUUACAUAGGAUUAUGUUCGUGGUGAACAUAUUGUGAGACACUGGAUAAUCAAGACUGUUUUGAUAAAAAACUAUUCUUACUUUCCUGUAUAAACUGUGGACAGUUGACUUAAGGGAUCAUUUGGAAUAUUGUGCUUGUGUAAAAAACUGCUAUAUUCUCCUAGAUGUUCUAUUUUUAUUUUUUAGUUUCUUGUUGUUGUUUUUUUUGUUUUUUAAGAGAUCUCGUUCAAAUAAACUC